CGGACACAGUCACGAUGGACACGGACACAGUCACGGCGGACACGACGAGCCGCACUGUCACGACGAGCUGCUGCACACUCCGGGGAAAGGUUCCAGUAAACAGAUCCUGCAGGGGGUCCUGCUGCACAUCAUCGCUGACACUCUGGGCAGUGUGGGUGUGAUCAUCUCCGCUCUGCUGAUGCAGAAAUACGACCUGAUGAUCGCUGAUCCAAUCUGCUCCAUGCUGAUCUCCCUCCUCAUCGGAGUCAGCGUGGUGCCCUUACUGAGAGAGUCCAUCGGGAUCCUGAUGCAGAGAACUCCUCCGUCACUGGACCAGGCCCUGCCAGAGUGUUAUCAGAGGGUGCAGCAGCUGCAGGGAGUUUACAACCUGCAGGAUCCUCACUUCUGGACCCUGUGUACUGACGUUUACAUCGGAACACUAAAGCUGCUGGUCGCCCCCGACGCCGACACCCGCUGGAUCCUCAGCCAGACACAUAACAUCUUCACGCAG